AUGAGUUGGUACAAACCGAACAACGGCAAGCUCGCAUCCGAGAACCUGGUCCAGGUGCCCCUGACGUCGCCCGUUCGGAUUCCCUCGUCUCCAUCCGAUGCAGUGUCCGCACCACGACAACCAAGUCUCAACGCCAAGAUCGACGAGGCAAGGCAAAGGGAGUUGGAGAGGAAGCGGGAAAAGAUCCGCGCGCAUAAGGACUUCCCCAUGGUGAGACGCAGAUUCGACUAUCUAGGCGAAAGCGAGAUUUUCAAGGGUUUCAUCAAGGGCAACGGUGUGUUGCGGGACAUCACCAAGUGGCUAGAGGAGAACUACAGCCGUGAGGAAUUUAUGAGGAAACAGCGUCUAGAGAAAGAGCAGUGGAUCCGCGAAGAAAACAGACUUCGACAGAAACAGCGAGAAGAGCGGUUGCGGUUGGAGUACGAGGCUCUAUCGAAGGACACUAAGCCCAAUGGAAGUGAUGCGCAACCAGGCGCCGGCAACGUGGCGCCGUCGUCUCAUCACGAUGAGGACGACGACGACGAAAACGACUCGCCCGUCAAGAUGAAAGGAAAGGCAAGGGUCAAGUUGGAUCCGCCCGCGCCUACGCCUGUUCGAGAAAACAACAACACAUCCACGAAAGUGGAGAUCAAGUCCAAGCUGUCGAUCUUGAACAAGUACAGAAACCCCACGCUCAAGCCGCAGCACCAGCCCACGCUGGAGAGGUUUGGGCGACUCGACUCGCUUUUGGGCGCACACAAGAAGAGGAAAUUGGUCAGAGGCUCGGCGUUGGAAAGUGCCAUGUCGUCCGGUUCAGAGUCUUCGUCGCCAAUUACUGCGCCCAAUUCACUAAGCUCGAAGUUUAGUUUCCGAGAAGAGGCGUCGCCGUUGAGCAGGAGCGGCACUGCGUCGCCCUUGGACGAGCUCGAGGAGGUGGAAAGGCGAAUCCAGGAGAACAACAAGAAAGCGCGACUUCAAAAACAGCAAAUGCAGCUCCAAAACCAGCCUAAAAAGCAGCAGCUCGUUGUUAUAAGUGACGACGAAGAAAUGUUGUUGGAAGAGGAGGAAGAAGACAACAACCUUAGUGACUCGAUGUCGGACGGAGAUGGCGACGUGGAAGUUGUGCAUGGGUUGACCUCCAUCGAUGACAAGAUUCUCGAGUUCCUCAACACGGCAGUGAUUGAGGAUAUAAUCGAUCUUUCAGGAGUAGAGCCGCAGACAGCAGAGAUUCUCGUCAGCCAACGCCCGUUCAACACCAUCUAUGACAUUUCUGAAAACAGUUUUACAAUUGACGAGCUGGACAAGAAGAGCAGGAAAAAGAAACUCGGGUUGAGAAUCGUGGAGCAGACGGAGUCGAGCCUCAAGGGAUACAAGGCCAUCGACUCCUUGGUGAAAAAGUGCUCGGAGUACGGAAACACCAUCUCGACCCAGAUGAAGCACUGGGGAGUGACUGAAACUGGUGCAGACGGAGAGCUCGAUAUGGUUGAAUUGAACCCAGCAGAUGAUGAUGGUGACGGUGAUGUAGCUGUCGUUGACCUUGACAAAGAGGAGGCAGACGAAGACUCCGUCGUGGAGGUCAAGAAGAAAGGAUUAAAGUAUAUCAAGAGCAAGCCCCUGCUUUUGAAAGAGGAGGUUGUGUUGAACAACUACCAGCAAGUUGGCUUGAACUGGCUCAACUUGCUCUACCACAACAAACUAUCAUGUAUUCUAGCUGACGAGAUGGGGCUCGGCAAAACGUGCCAAGUGAUUGCAUUCAUGGCGCACUUAAAGGAGACGGGCGAAAAACACCCGCACUUGGUGGUUGUGCCUGCUUCCACCAUUGAAAACUGGAUUCGUGAGUUUGAAAAAUUCUGCCCCGAGAUCAGAGUACAGGCGUAUUAUGGAUCGCAAAAGGAACGAGAAGAGUUGCGCUACGAGUUGCAGAGCGCAGAAUUUGACGUGCUUGUCACCACGUACUCGAUGGCGUGCGGAUCGGCGCACGACGCCAAGUUUUUGAAAAACCAGGACUUCAACGUGGUGGUUUACGACGAGGGCCAUCUUCUCAAGAGCUCCAACUCGGAACGGUACGCCAAAUUGAUGAGGCUAAAGGGCAACUUCCGACUUUUGCUCACGGGCACGCCGCUUCAGAAUAACUUGAAGGAGCUCGUGUCUUUGCUCGCAUUCAUUUUGCCAGGUGUGUUUAACGACAAGAAAGAAGAUUUGGCCGAAAUAUUCAAACAGAAAUCGAGCGGUGUUACCGCUAGUGGCAACUCCAGUCUGAAAAAGGACUAUAACCCGCUUUUAUCAGUGCAAGCGAUCAAAAACGCCAAGACGAUGAUGACGCCGUUUGUUUUGCGAAGACGCAAGGACCAGGUGUUGCAAAACUUGCCUGCGAAAAAACACGAGAUUUGCCAUUGCAAGUUGACGCUUGACCAAGAGAGAUUAUACAAUAAAUUCAUCAAGGACGGAAGAAGAUGGAGAGCCGAGAGAGAACGGAGGAGAACUUUGUCAAAUGCAGAAGUGAUGAAGUUGAUCAAGGAAGAUCCAAUCCCCACCAGCUCCAACGUCUUGAUGCAAUUGCGCAAGGCUGCGUUGCACCCGUUGUUGUUUAGAGUCAUUUACGACGAUAAAAAGUUGAAAAACAUGGCCAAGGCGAUUAUGGGCGAGCCGGAGUAUAUGGAAGCGAACCAAACCUACAUCUACGAGGACAUGACGGUUAUGUCCGAUUUCGAGCUACACCGAUUGUGCAUGAAGUUUCCUCACACGAUGAAGAAAUGGAAUUUGGGCGAGGAUGCCUUCUUGGAUAGCGGGAAAGUUAAGGAGCUCGACAAGUUGUUGGAACUGAUUAUUGACAAAAAGGGAGAAAAAGUGUUGAUUUUUUCAUUGUUUACUCAAGUGUUGGACAUUUUGGAGUACGUCUUGUCGAUAUUCAAGUACAAGUUUGUGAGGCUCGACGGUGGAACGCGAGUUGAAGAGCGUCAAGAUACCAUCGAUACAUUUUACCACGACGACACCAUCCCCAUUUUUUUGCUUUCGACAAAAGCCGGCGGGUUCGGGAUAAACUUGGUUGCGGCCAACAAUGUCAUUAUAUUCGACCAGUCAUUCAAUCCGCACGACGAUAAGCAAGCCGAAGACCGGGCUCACCGAGUGGGGCAAACCAAGGAAGUGGUGGUUUACAAAUUAAUCUGCGACAAUACCGUGGAGACGAACAUUUUGAUGCUUGCGGAAAACAAGUUGCAGUUGGAUCAAACUAUAUCCGGGGAAGUUUCCGAUGCCAAGCUUGAGGAGAAUGCAGCAUCGACUGUGGAGAAGAUUUUAUUUGGUUAG